GACGCAACCUUUCGGGAAAAUCCCAAUAAAUUUCCAUUCAAUUGGCCAUUGUCAGUAAGCCGUCGAGGCGCAGCAUCUUGGAAUGCCGUCGAACUUAAUGAGCCAGAUUAGCGGUAAGCGAGAUAAGAAUCAAGAAAGCGCUGAGCCAGAGCCGACUCUGGCUAUAGCAACGGGAUCUGCGACCUCAUCAAAGAGCAUACCGUGUACGGGGCGCAGGCGCUGCCUGAAUGUGCAUCUUCUGCUGAAAUUUUCCUGAAGAAAAUACCAGGAAAAUUGGAAUAAGUGCAGGCGAACAGACAGCCAGCAGAGAAGGUGCUCGUAUGUCUGUAGGUGCGAGCCGAGCACCACUGGGCAAAUGAAAAAUUAAUUACAAAAAGGACUUGGCCAAGCAGACCUUUUGUCAACGAAGUUUUUCCCAUAAACAAGACGCAGCUCACCUUAAUGAUAAUUUUGCUGGGCGAGCGCAGGUAGCCAGCAGCCCAGUCGACUAUAAAAGCAGGUCUUGCGCAGCACAAGGAGCACAGUCAACAGACAACCACCAAAGUAACAACAUCACAUUCUAACAAACUAAUACGCACAAAAAUACUCAGAUAUACGAUGGCACCUUCACAAAUGGAUUAUCUACAACACGAAAGCGCGACGAGUGCCGGCGGUUACACUCACAAAAAGUUCAAUACGGGCUGUUAUAAGCACAAGAAAUUCGGCAAACGCGACAGCAGCAAAAGUGACACGCCCACGACCGCACCAUUAUUCCGUCCAUAUGCACUGAGCGAUAAUACGCCACGAAAGCGUCGUCAGGAGUCCGAGCAACGACAAGGUCAACAGCAGCCCCAAUACCAAAUGCCACCGACGCCACCAACAACACCACCUCAAUAUCAGCAUCAACAACAGAUGCAACAGCAUCUAACAUAUGCACAGCCAAACCAGUUCUACACGCCCACAGCCACAGCCACGCCUACGCCAAGCAUCAAUCAUCAGGCAUUCGCCUAUAUGCUGCAAAAGCAACGGACCGUUCUCCAAAUGCGCCAAUUGCUGAGCAUCAAUCCGGAUGCAAAUACCUGGCCAGCACACUUGCGCAACGCCCUCUACUCCAUGCUGCAGCAAUGAAGGGAAUAAAUGGGAGCCGCAAUCGGUGGCAUCACAGAGAUGAUGGCCACCAACUUGGUGAUUUGCCUAGCAACCAGUGAUAUAGAAAUUUAAGUGCCUCACAGAUUGUAUAUGAUAUGAAGACAGGAAUGAAUGAAACUGAUCUAGACGUAGUAAUAAUUGUACAUAAACUAUUUAAUUAA